AUUGCUUCCAAUCGGAACCAUGUUUGCUUACAUCCGCAGUUCUGAGUUAUUCUCUCUCUUCCUCUUCAUAUAUAAACAAAAGAAACCUUUUUUAAGUAUUAACAGACUUUCUACCAAUUUUUCAGCUUUUGGUCUUUUUCUACUUCUAUAAAUAUAAUAAACCCAAAUCAAUCACAAAAAGCCUGUAGGACUCUUGUUGAACCUUCCUUUCUCAUCUUGACGUCAACCAUUCUUUGUUGAUUGCGCUGUGAAAGAUAUUCAAAGUUGGUGAAAAUAGUCUUUAUGUUUCAAGCCAUUGUUAAUUAAAUCAUGCAGUUAUAUCAUCAUCCAUACUCAUUGGACAGCCAAAAGGUCAGACUCGCUUUGGAAGAGAAAGGCAUUGAUUACACCUCAUUUCAUGUCAAUCCUAUUGUUGGCAAGAACAUGGACUCCUCGUUCUUCAGGAUGAAUUCUAGUGCCAAACUCCCUGUUUUCAAGAAUGGUUCUCAUAUAAUUUUCGACACAGUUGAAAUAACCCUGUACAUUGAAAGAAUUGCAGUUGUCUCUGUUGGUAACAAUGGCAAUGCCUUAAGCAGCGAAGAAGUAAAAGAGUGGAUGCUCAAGAUACAAGAAUGGAACCCCAAGUAUUUCACUCUGUCAAACAUUCCAGACAAGUAUCGCCUCUUUGUUUCUAAAUUCAUAAGGAAGGUGGUGAUUGCUCGGAUGGCUGAAUCUCCAGACCUAGCUAGUGCUUACCACUGUAAACUCAGGGAAGCAUAUGAGACCGAGGAGAAGCUGAAAAACCCUGAUGUUCCGAAAAGGAGCAAAGAACAUCUGGUUCAACUACUUGAUGAAGUUGAAACAAAGCUGAAUGAAACAACAUAUUUAGUAGGGCACGAGUUCACCAUGGCAGAUGUGAUGCUCAUUCCAGUGCUAGCUCGCUUAGUACUCCUGGAUUUGGAAGAUGAGUAUAUAAAUAGUAGACCAAACAUUGCAGAGUACUGGAGUUUGGUGCAAAAAAGGCCUAGCUAUAAGAAGGUAAUAGGAAGGUAUUUUAGUGGCUGGAGGAAGCGCAAAACUCUAAUAAAAACUUGGUGCUUUCUUCAUAUCAGAAAUUUGCUGAAGAGAUAUUGAUUAAGGACUGUGGGUUAGAGGUGACAGGAUAAGGUAAGUGUAAAUUGAGAUGCGUAAAAUGAGUUGGAAAGAAAAAUUUGCAAUUGUAUUUAUUUUUCUUCUUGUUAUCCUUUAAAUUACAGGAUUUUUGUUCUCUUUCGGCUUUUGUUAAAUGUAAACCGGUGAAAGAAAAGAAAGGUCGGUAUAAAUGUUGAAUUGAUGUUAAGUCUCUCUAGUCAUGUGUUUUUGUUACUCGUGUAGAAUGUUUUUUUUAGCAUAUACCUGGAAAAAAAUAUAGAAAGAAAGAAGAAACACAAACCAAAGGACAACCAAGAUUUAUGUGGGUGUGCCUGCAUUUCCCUUUGACCUAGGAAAAUAUCAUCCUAUU